UAUGGAAUGUACAUGUACACGUCAACGAUUUAUCCUGUAUUUUUUUUUUCCUGACCUUAAAAAACAAUAAUAAUCUUGUCAAUAAUUUUUAUAAACAUUCAAAGUAAAAUAGCAGUGUCAUUAAAGUGAGCACAAUUAUUUCAAUAUAAUCUAUUUUAUUGCUCAGCAGUUGGUUUACAGAGAUGUAAUAUGAGCAAUGAGCUGGUUUGAUGCAUCAGGAUUCGCCAGUUUGGCAAAAUCAGCUUUAAAAGAAGCUCAAAAAACAAUUGACAAAGCAUUGGAUAUUAAAGAAGAAGAACAAAAAGCAACAGAAAAUCGUAUGAUUGAUGAGACAAAUUUUUUUGCAUCAUUUGGUCUAAAAAAUGAUUCAAAAACAAACAAUGAACAACCAAUUUCAUCAACAUCAACAACAAAACAAGAUACAAGUGUAUGGGGAAGUUUUACUGGUUCAUUUUUUGAAACUCAAAAUGCUGAAAUUAAAUUAUCAAAACGUUCUGGAUCACUUGAUGAAAAACUUGAAAAUACAAUAUCAUCAAAUUCAUUAUCACAAUCAAUUUCUUUACCAGAAAAAUUCAUUAAAAAUGAUAAUAUAUUACAAGAAAUUAAAACAAAUAAUGACAAUGAUUUAUUAAAUAAAUUAAAAAAUAUAUAUCCUACUGAAAAACAAUUAAAAUUAGAUAAUAAAUUAAAUGAAAAACAAGAUGAUGAUGGUGAUGAUAAUAAAAUAAUUAAUAGAGUAUCAAUAAUAUCAACAGAAAGUGAUAAAAAAAGUUCUGAAAGUGUUGAAAUUCUUGGUUCAUGUUCACAAACAAAUACUGAUUGUACAACAACACCAGAUUCUGAUAUUAUUGUAUCAGAAUAUAAUGAUUCAUUAAGUACAUCAGCAAUUGAAAAUAAAAAAAAUUCUGAAUCAGUUGAAAUAUUAUCAAAUAGUUUAUUAACAUCACCAAGUUCUGUUGAAGUAUUAGAGGAUGAUUCAAAAUUGGAGAGUCCAUUUUUAUCACCAAUUGAUGAUUAUAAAUCUCAUGAUAUUGAGCCUGAUUCAGAAUCAUAUGUUUCAUCAUCAGACAUAUCACCAUAUGCAUCACCAAUGGUUGAAGAAAAAUCAUUAAUUAUUGAACAUAUUAAUGAAACAAAAGAAGAAGAAGAAGAAGAAUCAUCAUCUCGUAAACAAUUAAUCAAAACAAAUUUAAGUAUUGAUAAAAAUUUAAAUCAAAAUAUUGAUGAACUUGAUGAAAUAAGUCAAGCUGAAGAUUCUUAUACAUCUGCAUCUGAAAGUACAGUUGUCAUGACAAUUAUAGAAUCAUUUAAUCAACAAGAAACAAUUUUAGAAAAUCCAGAAAAUCAAAAUGUAUUUAAUUCAACUGAAAUAAAUAUUGUUGAUACACUUAAUGAUGUUAAACAAAAUUUACAUUUAUCAUUAGAGCCAAUAACAAAACAACCAAUACAAAAAAAUGAAUGUUUAAAUGAUGAAAAUUUUAUUAAAAAUUCAACAACGACAAUUGAACCAAAAGAUAUAGAUUUACAUAAUAUAAAUCAAGUUAUGUUUACAGAUUCAAGCUGUGAAGGAACAAUAAUUGAAACAAGUUCUGAUGAUAAUAUAACAUAUAAACAAGAUUCUCCAAAUGAACAAGAUACUCCAUUAACAUCAAGUUCAUAUGUUAAAAAUAUGCUUGCUGAUGCAAUGGAUGUUGAUUGUGAAAGACAAGAUAUUGAUGUAACACAACGUGAAAAUUCACCAGUAUCAUUAGAGAGCCGUUCUGAUUUAGUUAAAAUUGGAUCAGAUCAUGCUAGUGGACAUACAAGUGGUGAUGAAUUAGAAACAACAACAACAUCAAGUGAUAUUGAAAUAAUAUCAAGUCCAAAUGGUGAUUCAAGUUCAACACAAUCACGACAAAGUCCAGCAAAUCUUCAUUCAAAUAAAGCUGGUGAUUUAUUAACAAAAGCAUUAAAAACACGUGGACAUUCACGUGAAUUAAGUGAAAUAAGUAUUGGAUCAGAUGCAGCAAGUCAUGAAAUUGAAAAAUUAUUAAAACGUAUACAUGAAAUGAAUGAAAUACUUGAAGUUAGAGAAUCAAAAUUAAUUGAUGUUAGUAGAAUGAAUAUGGAAUUACAUGAACAAAAUAAUAAUUUAAAAAUACAAAUUGAUAAUUGGGAAAAACGUGGACAAAAACAUCAAGAUUUACAUUUAAUUAAUGAUGAUUAUACACAAAGAAUGUCAGCAUUAGAAAAAAAAUUUCAACAAACAAUACGUGAACGUGAUUUACUUAAAGAACAAUUAGAGCUAUUAAAAAAAGAAAUAACAUCACAAUCAUUAAUUGUUAAUGAUGAAAAAGAUGAAUUAAUAAAACAAUUACGUAUUGAAGGUGAAAAAUUAAGUAAACAACAAUUACAACAUUCAAAUAUUAUUAAAAAAUUACGUAAUAAAGAAAAAGAUAAUGAUUUAAUUAUUAAAAAUCAAAAUGAACAAAUUGAAGAACAAAAUUGUGAAUUAGAACGUCUUAAACGUUCAUUAAAUGCCAAAGAUGAUGUUGAACGUAAUCAAAUUGAAGCUGUACAUACAUUAACAGCUAAAGUUAAAAAACAAGAUAAAGAAAUUUCAUUAUUACAAGAUAAAUUAACAACAACAACUGAAAAAAUGAAUGUAUAUAAAACAAGUAUUGAUGCUGCUAAAGUUGAACUUAUUGAGACAAAAUUAAAUUUAAAUAAAACUGAAAAAAAAUUAAAACAAGCACUUGAUAAUGCUGGUGAAUCAUGUGAAUUAAUGUCACAAGUUGAAGAUUUAAAAAUUAAAUUACGUUCAUCUGAAGAAGAACAUGUUAAACAUGUUGAUUUAUUAAAACAAGAAAAUAAUGAUUUAUUAAUUAGACUUGAAUCUGCUGAAGCUAGAAAUGAAGAAUUAUCACAAUCAAUAACAACAACAACAAAACCAUUACUUCGUCAAUUAGAACAAUUACAAAAUAACCUUUCACAUAAAACAAAUACAUAUAUGAAACAAGAAAAAAUUAUGACAGAAAAAAUUGAUCAGUUACAAGCUAAAUUAGAAAAUACAAUUGCAACUGAUAGAACAAUUAUUGAAGAAAAUUUAAAUUUAAAAACAAAAUUAACAAAAAUUGAAUCACAAUUUAAAAAAAAAGAAUUAGAUUUAAUUAAUAUACAAAAUGAAUCUUGUUGUUUGAAAAAAGAUAAUGAAAAAUUGUUAAAUAAAAUUAAAGAACUUGAAGAAAAUAUUAAAAUACUUGAAGAAUCACAUAGACAAGAAGUUAAAUUAUUAAAACGUGAAAUUGAAUCACUUGGUGAUAAAUUAUCUAUUGAAAAAGCAGCAAUUGAUGCUGAAAAAAGAAAAAAUCAUUCAGUAUUAGAUCAACAACAACAACAGCAUCAACAACAACUGCAACAGCAGCAGAGUAUUGUUGAUGAUCCAAGAAUAAGUCCAACUUCAAGUGUCAGAAGAGAUUCAAUUAGUAGUACAAAUAGUGUCUGGUUAGCUUUCAAUGAUUCAAUGUUUGAUACGAGCUCAGGUCGUUUACCAAGUGUUUAUGAUGGUCUUAGAAAUAGUGGUAAUACAACAUCAACUAUUGAAACACUUCAAGCACAAUUAAAAUCACGUGAAGGUGAAAUACAAAUGCUUCAGUGGGAAAUUUCACGACGAAAUAAUGAACGUGAUGCACUAAAUAUAGAAUUAUCAAAUUUAUCAAUGAAAGUAGAUGAGCUAUCAAUUAAAUUAACAAAAGUUGAAGCAUUAAAUGAAAAUUUAAAUGAAAUACAAACUAGAUAUGAUGCUUUGCUACAAAUGUAUGGUGAAAAAGUUGAAGAAAAUGAAGAAUUACGACUUGAUCUUGAGGAUGUUAAAGAAAUGUAUAAAAGUCAAAUUGAUCAGCUGUUAAAACGUGGUGCCACUUGAAAUUUUUUUAAAUAAAAUUUUUAUUGUUAUUAUUAUUUUAAUUGGUAUUUUCGAGUGCAAUAAAAUGGCUUUAUGUCGCAGGCCGGCACAUUUUAUUUUGAACUUUAUAAAUUUUAAUUAGAGAUAUUUAAUUUUUUUCUUUUGAGGAGAGACUGAUAUGAGGUGAUUUGUAUGUAAAAAUAAUUAGUAUUCUUUUGCAAUUAUUAUUUAAUUUUGUGUAUUAAAAUUUAAAUAAUUUUUAUCCAUAUUGAGAAGGAUAUUUGAAAAAAGAAAUUAGAUAAAAAUUGUAACAUAAAGAGAAGGAAAAAAAAAAUUAUUACUAUUUUUUAAUGGUAAUAAUUAGUCAAGUCAUGUAUAUUUUAGAUAAUAAUUUUAUUAUUUAUGUUUUUAAUUCUUUUAUUCAACCCAUCAAGAGAAGAAAAUGAAAAAUCAUCAAUUUGAUUUACAAUGAUAAAUUGUUUCUUUUUUUUUUUUUUUUUUGAAAAUAGAAAAUAUAAAUCAUUGUAAUAAAUAAACAAAAAUAUUCAUUAAAAAAGCAAUUUAAAAUUUUUAAUUAUUAAUUUAACAGUUUAAAUCGAAAGAAACGAAGAAUUUUUAGUUUUUAGAAAUUCAAAGGUUUUGAUUAUAGUAACAGAAAAUAAAUUUUUUCUUCUGAAAAAAAUUUGUUUAUCCAGUUAAUUAAACAGCUUGAUAUUUGAUUAAAAAUACUAAAAAUAACUGACCAAAUUAAUGACUUUUUGAAUGAAAAGAAAAAAAAAAAUUUCGAUUUUAUCAAACUACAAUUCUCUGAAAUAAAAAGUAACUAAUGAUCCUUUUUUUUUCAUAUCCAUAAAUAUUUUUAUUUGAAUUAUUCAAUGAUUUUUAAAAUGUCAAAAGAAUUAAUUUUCAACUUUUUUUUAAUUAAAUUUAUUUAUUAUUAUGAAUAUUAUUUGAAUGAACGUACAUGAUUAUUAAUAUUAAAUGUAUCUCCUGUAAAGCGUCCCUCGAGGCUUGCAUCAAUUUAACAAUUGUCCUUCAAAGACAAUGUCAACCCAAGAUGAUGUAACAAAUGUGCUAGCUGAGAUUGCUUGAAUUGAGGAUAAAAAAGUAAAAUAAAAAAUAUAUAUUUUGCGCUCAUACGUAAGUGAUAUACGUUAUGAUGACACGAUUGAUUACGAUUUAUCUUUCAUAAUCGUAUUUUAAUAUAACUGACUUUCUCAAGUUGAUAUAUGACAGUUGCCUCAGUGAAAAUACAAACACACAUGUUCUUGUGUGAUUACCAUAUCAUCCUGAAUUUCCAAUCGCUAAUCAUUAAAAUAAGCAAUUAUUCCAAUGUCACAUUGUUACUUGUUACUUGUUGAAUUAUUGUAUUUUACUUUUUUUAAUUUUUUUUUUCUGUUUCUGUUUCUGUUGUUGGUGUUUUUAUUAAAAAUCUGCUUUUUAUUUUUGUCAAUUUGGUACUUAUUAAAUCGAGUACCAAUUAAUUAAAUGAGGUCAAACCAUACGACGCGGUUGCGCCGGCAUCCGCGACGUUCACACCCACGGAGUCCAACCUUCGUACAAUAGAGCUAAAUUAUCAAAACUUUGGGCUUCACGUAUAACA